CUUUUGUUCUUUCACUUUCAGCUGCUCGGACUGAUGGCGCAGUAAGAAUUUCAUCUGCUGCUCGGACUGAUGGCGCAGUAAGAAUUUCAUCUGCUGCUCAGACUGAUGGCGCAGUAAGAAUUUCAUCUGGUGAGUUUCUCUCUGCUGGGUUCCAGUUCAGUGACACGAUGGCAGAGGCAGCGACUGCAGCAUCUGAGACAGAAGAUGUGAGAACCUUGAAGCGCAGCGGCAGCUAUGAGUUCCUGCCACCUAACAUGUCUGAGCUGAGGGUUGUGCUGCUGGGGAACAGCUGGACUCACAGGAGUGAAGUGGGGAACUUCAUACUGGGAGAGACUGUGUUUGAUCUUCAGAACAAAGACGACCACUGUCUGAGAGAGAGUCGACGGCUGAAGGAGAAGAAAAUAACGCUCAUCAACACUCCAGAUCUGCUGCUUCCCAACAUCUCUCAAGACAAACUGACACAGGAUGUAGAAAGCUGUGUGAGGCUCUCUGCCCCUGGACCUCAUGUGUUCCUGCUGGUACUACAGCCUGAAGACUUCACUGAGGAUCAAAAACAGAGGUUACACAGAGUCCUUGAAACCUUCAGUGAGCGCUCUUUUGAUCAUUCACUGGUACUGACAUCAACACCCAGAGAGGAGACAUCAGCUGGAAACUACAUGCAACAUCCAGCCUUAAAGGACAUGAUCAGAGAAUGUAGAUACAGACACUUGAACCGAAUGAACCUUGAACUCCCAGAGCUGUUAACUCGCCUCGGUCAAGUAGUGAAGGAGAACAAUGGAGAGCCUGUGAGCUGUGAUGUGUUUGAAGAUGCAGCUGCUGAUCAACAAAAACCAACACUUGACAGCUGGGAUCCUGUUAGAGCUGCUGGGAUGAAACCCACCACAACACACAGUCUGUCAUCAGAGGGAAGCUCUGUCGACCAGCCAUCUGGACUCAGGAUUGUGCUGUUGGGGAAAAGUGAGGACAAAAGGACAACAUUAGUCAACUUUAUAAUAGGAAACAAAAGUUUUCACUUACCAAAACCUUCCCCAACAAAGCACUGUUUGGCUGCCUGUGGAGAGUGGAAAGGAAAGCCUUUAACAGUGGUGAAAACUCCAGACAUCUUCAGUCUGCCUGUGGAAACAGUGAGAAAAGAGAUGAAGAACUGCAUGGCUCUUUGCUCUCCUGGACCAAAUGUUCUGUUGCUGAUAGUGAAGCCUUCUGACUUCACAGAGGAGAACAGACUCACUCUGAAGUUCAUCCUGAGUUUGUUUGGUCAAGAGGCCUUUAAACACUCCAUGGUCAUCACCACACAUGAGGGAGGUGGAACAAGUUCAUCUGUAAAACAGCUCCUUAAAGAAUGUGGAGGAAGGCACUACAGCAUGUCAUCAGAUGACCAUCCACUGUUAAUGGAGAUGAUGGAGAACAUUGUGAGAGAAAACAAUGAGAGCUGCCUCACCUCCACUGAAGAGUGUGUGAACCUGGUGCUCUGUGGGAGGAGAGGAGCAGGGAAGACCUCAGCAGCCGAGGCCAUUUUGGGCCAGAAGAUGUUUGAUCCAGGCUCUGAGUCUGCAGUGUGUGUGAAGAAUCAGGGAGAGGUGUGUGGACGUUGGCUUUCCCUGGUGGAGCUUCCUGCCUUGUCUGGAAAACCUCAGGAGGCAGUAAUGAAGGAAUCAUUCAGGUGUGUCUCCCUCUGUGAUCCUGAGGGCGUCCACGCCUUCGUCCUGGUCAUACCUGUGGGUCCCCUCACUGAUGAAGACAAAGGAGAGUUAAAGACCAUCCAGAGCACAUUCAGCUCUCAGGUCAAUGACUUUACCAUGAUUCUGUUCACUGUGGAGUUUGAUCCUAACCAUCCAGCUGUUGUUAACUUUCUAAGUAAGGACCAGGACAUCCAGCAGCUCUGUCAGUGUUAUGGAGGACGCUACGUUGUCCUCAACAUCAAGGACAAACAGCAAGUACCUGAGGUGUUGGAUGCUGUGGAAAAGAUGAGACCUGCAGUAUCCAGAUGCUUCACAAUGAAGAUGUUUACCAAGGCACUGAUGGAGAAGGUUGUUGAGCAGGAGAAAACUAAUGCAAGAUUUAUUGCUGAACUGCAGGAUCUAAAAAAGGAAAGAGAGGUAUCAGGUUUUGAAAGUCAGAGCACAGAGGGCCUCAGGAUGGUGCUGAUAGGGAAGACUGGCAGUGGGAAGAGUGCAAGUGGAAACACCAUCUUGGGCAAAAAGCAUUUUAAAUCCAUUGCCAGUAUGAUGUCUGUGACCAAAUUUUGUGAGAAAGCAGCUGGAGAGAUUGAUGGCAGGCCUGUUGUUGUGGUCGACACGCCCGGCUUGUUCGACACAACGUUUUCCAAUGAUGAAGUUGCACAGGAGCUUCUGAAGUGCAUCAGCAUGUUGGCUCCUGGACCACAUGUGUUCUUACUGGUGCUGCAGAUUGGUCGCUUUACACAGGAAGAAAGAGACACAGUGAACCUGAUCAAGAAAGGAUUUGGUGAGAAGUCAGGAGAUUUCAUCAUUGUUGUGUUCACUAAAGGAGAUGAUCUGGGAGAUCAGUCUUUUGAGAGUUUCAUAGAGACGGGUAAUGACUUUGUCAAAAAGCUGGUAGCUGACUGUGGAGGGAGAUACCUUGUCUUCAACAACAAGGAUCAGACAAACCGCACACAAGUCAGAGAGCUGCUGACAAAGAUCGACAACAUGGUGAAGACAAAUGGAGGAGACUGCUACACCACGGAGAUGUUCCUGGAGGCUGAGGCAGCCAUACAGAAGGAAGUGGAGAAGAUUUUGAAGGAGAAGGAAGAAGAGAUGAAGAGAGAGAAGGAGGAGCUGGAAAGAAAACAUCAAGAAGAAAUGGAAGAGAUGAGAAGAAGAAUGGAAGAACAGAAAUCUGAAAUUGAACAGGAGAGAGACCAGAGAGCUAAACUUCUCAAAGAAAAGGAGGAAGACAUUAUCAAAGAGCGUGAAGAGAGAAAGAAAGAAAAUGAAAGGAGAGAAGAGGAAGACAAGAAAAGGAAAGAACAAGAGGAAGUUGAACGACAGGAAUGGAAACAAAAACUUAACGCAUUGGAGAAAAAAAUAAAAUCUGAAUCAGAACUAAAAGAAAAUGUUGACCAGCAGCUGGAGCAGAGUAGAGAAGAGCUGAGAAAACAGCGAGAGGCUUGGGAGAAUGAAAGAAAAGAAUGGUGGGAAAAAAGACAUCAUGAAGAUGAACAGAGACGAGAGGAGGAGCGAACGAGACUUCAGAAGCUCCAGGAAGAGUGCGAGCAGGAAAGGAAGAAAGAUGAAAACAAAAGAAAAGAAGAAGAUCGAAUCAGAAGAGAACAGGAGGAAAAACAGCGAAAAGAAUUAGAGGAAGAGUUUAAGAAAAAACUGGAGAAGAUGAAGAAGAAAAAUGAAGAGGAGGCAAGAAAGAAGGCAGAGGAAUUCAAUGACUUCAGAGAGAAAUACACCAAGGACUUUGCAGCUCUGAUGGAAAAACAUGACGAGGAGAUGAAGGCUAUGAAGCAAGAGCACGAGAAACAAAUUCAAGAGAAAAAGGAGAAAUAUGGCCUCUUGAAGGAGCUGUCAGACUACAAAGAAAAACAUCUCAAGGAGGAAUCAGAAAAACUGAAGAAAAAACAUGAUGAGGAAAUUAAAGAAUGGGAACAGAAAUACAAAGAUAAAUGUACCAUCCAAUGAUAAUUCUGUCCAGUUUCUUCAUUAUAAUGACAUCACUGUGACCCCGCCUUCACCAUACACACACACACACACACACACACACACGGACACACGCGCACACACACACACACGCACACACACACACAAACACACACACACACACACACACACUUUAUUUUAUUAUAUUGAUUUAUUAUGUAUUUUGCUUUUUUUGUUGUGUGCCUGAUGUCUGCUUUUGACUUUAUUUACUGGUUUACAUUUGCUGAUUAUUUGAUGUACUGUAUGUGCUUCUUAUGUUUUUAUCAAGGUAAGAUCCAUUCUAGAAACCUCUUGGAGUUUUUAAAUCUUACCUAAAAAACUGGUCUUUUAUUCGGUUGUGCACAUAAAUCAAAUCUAAAAUCUGUCAACCACCAGCAUUUCAUCACCAUUUCACCAUUACCAUUUAUUUUAAGUAAAACCACCUGCUUUCCCUCAAACAACAAAAUCCCAAACAUUAUAGCAGGCAAGAAUUUAUAUGAAUUCAACCUUUCACAUCAGAGAAAUAUGAAAUGCUGAAGAAUGAUUAAUCAUACACUGAUUCUACUUUGUGUAGUUCAACAGUGAAUUUUACAAAUUAAAUCUUGUAUUUGUUCAAUUACGUUCAUUAUUUUAGUUAAAUAUUUUUAAUCUUGUUUUUGAUUGUAUUUUGAGUCACACCUGCACAACCUGGAAACAUAUUCUCUUAUGUGAAAGACAUUAAGUUGCUUAACAAUCAUAUAUCUGCUGAUGUUUAUCAUUAAAAUAAUGUAACCACUUCUAUUCUGUAUCCAUAUGUUCUUAUAGAGUUCCUGCAAGUGUUAAACCAGCUGUUGUACCAAUUGUUGUAGAGAGAACAGAAAAACAAUCCCACACACUGUCCUCGAUAAAUCCUGACACAUCACUCGCUGUGGUAAAACUGCUGAGUCAUGUUGAAGAAACCACUGAGGUUAACAUUUGCUGUUUGUUUUUCUGUUGUAUUUGGAGGUGAGAUGCCCUUAAGAUGCUUUGGUUUUUCUCUCGCCAACUUGGACAUUUAUUCUCUUCUUUCUCCUGUACCUGUUUCUCUGUUGGUGUAAAUAAAGUUCAGUAAACUGAAGCUAAAAUAAACAGAGUCAGUAUUUCUGUUACGAUUCAGAGCAGAAACCC